AUGGAUGCUAAUGAGUGGAAUAUCCCAGGUCAUCGGGAAGCCAGUGCAAGAGAUACGGGCCCGACCCUACCGUCCACAACGCCGCAGUCAGAUCGAACUGGGAUACCAGAGUUGCCUGGUAUUGAAGGACAACUAGACCAUCUCCCAAUACCGGUGACGAAUGAAAACGAACGGAGAAUCCACGAUUUAUCAGAAAAGCAAACGCAAGCUCUCGACAACCUUGACAACCUCGACAACCUCGACAACAGUGUAGACACUUCGACACAAUCUGGCAGCCAUGUGCCGAAUGAGUUUGAUUUUGCGCUCCUCUCAAUCCAAGCAGCAAAGCCUGACAAUACUGGUCUGAUUCUGGAGAUCUCAGCGAUCAAUGCUGUCAACCUCUCAACCAUACGCGCAGGCUCCACUGCCGUUGGAAUUUCUGCGAAAGCCAGGUCCACUCCAGUACCUUCGGAUCAUGCUACUACUGGCUACAAUGUGUUGGACCUGAAUGCACAGAAUUCACAUGCCAAGGCGACUGCAGCCUAUGGGGUUGGAAGACAAUGUCAUAUGAGCACAGAGAGGGAACAAGUCGUCCCCCAAACAGCGUCUAAAUCAACCUCCGAAGAUAGCCCUGAAUGGUCAGAUGUUGGUGUCUCAACUGCUACUUCGCCUUGUGAUGAUUCUGUAGGUGCUGUGUCGGAAGAACCAGAUGAAAUGGAAAUAGAUGGGCCAGGAGGAGCACUUGCAGAGAGCAAUAAAUUUUGGAAUGAAUCUUCGCGUGCACGUGAAGAGACCCCCAUUCUUAACCCCACUCAUGCCUAUCCUACACCCGGAUCAGAUUCGCCAGCAACACCUUUCCCAGCAGAUGAACGCAUCGAGUCCCAUGCGAGUUUUUCUCCGAGCGAGACGGCCAAGCAGAAAGUUCUCUUGCCAUGCUCUCCAGCGUCAUCCGCGGAUAAUUCUGCUUGCGGAAACACAGAGAGCGCUCCUAAUGCAUCGAAUUUGGCCUCUACUGGACAAACUCGCCCUUUUUUUGAAGUCCUAAAGGACUUUCAUCCCGAUCUCGAGCGUGACCAUAAUCCCACCUUUGCGACUGAAGACGAUCUAGGAGACAAAGAAAUAGAGUCCAUUUUGGAAGAUGCCUAUGAAUUUUUGAAGGACUCUUCUGAUAUACCUAAUUUGAACUCGGAAACUGAGCCGAAGACACCAGCACGAGUCGGAGAAUCACCCGAAGACUCUCAACCCGGAGACGGCCCUGUUACAGAUGCCGCUGUUUCAGAACUCGCACUUGCAUCAGUCGUGCCUCCUACCUGUUCUACUAAUACCAUUUCGCCUGCAUCUCGUCAGACCGAUGAUGAUGUAGGGGUUGGGCAUAGCAAGAACCGCAAACGAAAGCGCACUCCAGAAGCUGAUGACCCAAAAGCAAGGAGAGCAAGCCCUAAUUCCGCCUUACCUAAUUGCAGCAUACAGGCAGCGGCAUCCCAGUCUUCCUUAUUGGCUGAUGACGAAGAUCUGGUCAUUAGUGAUGACUUGUCUUCACUCAGUUCGUGUCCUGGAAGUCCUCUUCCCGAGCCUGCGGACCACACUGCGACGCAGGAACCCAGCCCCUUGGACGUAACAUUUUCAACACUCACUGAAAGGGAGAGAUCUCAAAUUUUUGGAACAACAUUCCCGGCACUGGUUCACUUCUGGCUUCUGGAAUGGGGCAACUUGGAAGAUUAA